CAGUCGGAUGUCAUUCACACCUCAAAUUGGAAAUAUGGGUAAAAUAAUUAUAAUAGUUGUUCUAUACAUCGCUGGGGUAUUGGCUGAUAAACCCGAUUGGUAUCCUGAAAAUCCCACCGAUAUUGAGAAAGAAUGUCUACAGCGUUAUCCCAUUAGUAAAGAAGACAAGACGGACAUUAAAAGCCUAAAACUUAACGAUGUUCCCAAUAUGAGCUCUCUACUGCUCUGUGUGGCCCAUGGCCAAAGUGUUUAUGACAUUGAAGAUGAACUCAAACCGGAACGUAUUGUCUAUGGCCUUUAUAGGAGUCUGCAUUUGAAUUGUGAUGUCGGUAUGGUCAACGAAUGCCUAGAUCACCAUCAAGAUCAUCGUGAAAAUGGUAAACAUGAAGAUUUUCUUUAUGCGUUUGUUCACUGCGUUUUCGAAAGAGCUGCCGAUGAAUGUGUCUUCGAUGAACAGUAGUAGAGAAAAAAACUAAGCUUUCAGAGAAAUUGGGGUCUUUAGGAAGGCCUUAUAGAAAUUUUGAAUCAGGGAUUAUUAA